AUGUUGAGUGCUAGAAGUGCCACUAUUGUAAAGGCUGAAACAAGAGAAAAGAAUGGAAAGAAGUUUACUGAAUAUAUAAUUGAUAUAGCAACACAGACAGGUGAUGAAUAUACAGUGGCUAGAAGAUUCUCAGAGUUUCAUUCUCUUUAUCAACUUAUGGUACAUAACUUUCAAAUAACAUCACCAUUUCCACCAAAGAAAUUGAAUAAGCUUAAAUCGGCAUUGGUCGAGAAUAGAAAGCUGCAAUUACAAGAGUUUCUAAAGAAUGUCAUCAAUCAUCCAUCUCCAAUCGUUCGUAAAUCAACUGAUUUGGAGAGAUUCCUUGACCAAAAUAAUCCAAUCUUUACAUCUAAACUAGUAUCAAAAAAAGUAACAUUGGAAAAUGUAAACAAGAAAAAGGUGGUUUUGGAAUUAACCAUCGUCGAAGGAAAAGAGAUAAAGUUUGAAAGCAAGUCAAUGUGGGAUGUUAUUUCUUAUUGUGUAUUUGAUUUUGAUAAAUCACCUACUCAAGAAUCUGUGUCUACUACUACCACACCUGGUUCACCAAAUGGAUCAUCAAAUGAUGUUGGUAGUUUAAAUAAUAUGUCUAGUUCAAUAUUCCAUGGAAAUUGGAAAACUGAUGCCAUUCCAGGUCCCUAUCCAAGUUGGAAUAGAAAAGAAAAUAUUAAUAUUAAAGGUAAAAAAGUUAUACAUUUCGAUGUACAUAGUACAGUGGAAGGUGAAAAUAAGAACACCAAGAUUGGUAGUUGUCAAUUACAACUUUCAUCACUUGGAUUGAAUAAUUAUUCACCUGUUGCCGUUUCCAUCCCAUUGGAACCAAAAAAUUCCGUCGGAGAUCAACAAUCAUCAACAAUCAUCAACAAUCAUCAACUCAUCCAUAUUUAUUAUUUCUUUUCCAUUCCACGUCAACAAUAUUAUUCUUUGUAA